AUGUCGAACAAGAAUUUUCAUGAUUUAUCUAAACGAAGAAAGAGAGACUACCUCAAUAGUAUUUAUAGAAUAAAUAAUGUUCCUGACGAAAAUAAUUAUGAAAAUGAGGUUGAGAAUCUACCGUUGGUCCAAGAAAACAACAAUAAUAGUUUUAAAAAUGAAAAUCAUUCAGCAGAUGAGGAUGAUACUACUUUGGAUGGUAUGCCAGAGUUGCAGAAUACAGCAGAUUCCAGGACAAUAGAUUGUAUCACACAUCAGCGUAAUACUGACGAUCAAACUUCAAAUCAAGAUGUCUGUGAUCCUAAUCGUGAAUCAAGGAGAGAUGGGGAAAAUCUUGACUGCUAUGAAGAAAUAGAAGAAGAACAGGAAGAAGAGGAACAGAUUUUUACCGACGAAGAAAAUGAGGACGAGAACCAGAGGAACAAUAACAAUCAAAAUUAUGAUCUUCCUCUUUACAAUGGAGCUCCAUUGACCAUUUCACAGAGCAUGUUGUUGAUUGCAACUCUAUUAAUUACUCACAACGUCAAUCAAUCAUGUCUUACCGACAUUAUAUCGAUCAUAAAUUUGCGAUGUUUAACCGAUAGCCUUCAUAAGAAUAGUUUAUUCAAAUUUAAAAAAUUUUUCGCUUUAGGAAAUCACAACUUCAAAAAUCAUAAAAAACAUUACUAUUGUUCUAAUUGUCUAAAAAAUCUAAAUUCAGUCAUUGAUGCUUGUCCAGAAUGUUUAAACACUAAAACGCAUUUCUUGAAUUUUAAACAAUUCAAUGGUUUUUAUGGUUGCCCAGUAUGCUUAGAACCUGGAGAAAGUUAUCGAUGUCCAACAGGAGGAACAACUCACAUUUAUAAAUUUACUGAUAAUCCAAGUAUGCGAACAUCGGAGCAGUCUCGAGAGUACGGCAACUUAGCACUAUUGAAUAAUAAAGAACAUUUUGGUGUAAAAGGACCAUGUGCUUUGUCGAAUAUAAUGCCAGAUUUUAUCGCUGGAACGGCAAUUGAUAAAAUGCAUUGCGUUGAUAAUGGCGUGGUGAAAAAACUCUUGUCUUUAUGGUUCGAUAGUGCUUACAGUAGCUUUCAUUAUUCACUGUACCCUGUAAUUGAAGUGAUUAAUGAGCGAUUGACAAGCAUAAAGUCACCGAAAUUUGUCCAUCGAUUGCCUCGAACCUUACAAGAAUUAACUCAUUGGAAAGCUUCAGAAUUAAGAAUGUGGUUUUUUUAUUAUUCACUUCCAGUUUUGUCUGGCAUAAUGCAAAAUAUUUAUUUCGAACAUUUUAUGUUACUAAUUACAAGUAUUCCAUAUCUAACUGCUGACAGCAUAUCCAAUGAAAUGAUUGACAACGCACAAAUUUUAUUAAAUAAAUUCGUCCAUGAUUUUGAAACACUCUAUGGACUACAAAAUUGCUCUAUCAAUGUGCAUUCACUUCUUCAUUUACCGGAAUUGGUUCGUAGGAUUGGACCUUUAUGGUCGACUUCUUGCUACGUGUUCGAAGAUUUAAAUGGACAGUUUUUAAAAUUAAUCCAUGGUACGAGGCAUAUUGAUUUGCAAAUUGCAAGCACACACGGUCAGGUUCUUCGAAUGCAACAAUAUCAAGAACAAUUACCCGAUGGACCUGUUAAAGAUUUUUGUAUCUCUAGGAAAUAUGGAGUAAAAAUUUGUGAAAAGUUAUUUAGACAUUGUUAUAGUGUUGGGACAUAUAGCUAUUUCGAUGACUUUCCGCAGUUUUUACAUCGUGCAGUACAUCAUUUAUUAGCCAUCCGAAACAUCAAGAAAUAUUAUCGAUUAUUAAAGGACGGUAAAUUGUAUAUCUCAGAUCAAUAUUCACGUGAUUUAAAGACAAUAUCAUCUGAUGUGCAGUAUAUUGAUAACACGGGUACACCUCGUUUUGGCAGGAUUUAUUGCUUUACUAAAAUUACAGAGUGUGAAUGUUUAACUGCAUGCGAUUGCAAUGGCAUUCAUCAUGCAAUAAUUAAGAAGUUUGAAUUUAAUAAUGCAUUUCAAUUAUCAUAUAAGAAUAUAAAAAUACCAUAUUUGUAUGAGUUCUGGAUAACUGAAGAAUACGUAGCUGUUCCCGUGCAGUUUUUAAAGUCUGUGUGCAUUUCUAUGGAAGUAGAUAAUCGAUCAUUCAUAGCUGUACCAGUUAAUACUACGGAGUUGGAGUGA